AUGUUCGCUCUCGAACCCGUCCGCCGGCUGAUUGGCGACUAUCCGAGAGAUUUCUUCUACCAGGUCGAGACAUGCCGGACAAGCAUACCCGAACUCAGCUCUAGAAAUGAUCUGUCGCUCCUCCUUGCUUCCGUUGACUUCACCGGCGGUGCCACAGACGGUCUCAUUUCCAGUUACUUCACUAACAUCAACUCCACAUUCCCAAUAUUGGGCAAGGCGUCUUUCACAAAUCUCUUUCAUCGGACCCUGCGAGGCGACCAGUGCGAAGAUAUUGAUGCAGCAGUCUGUCUGGUCGUCUUAGCCCUCGGGAAGCUGGCCGGUACCGACUACGAAGAUGCUAGCGCUGCAAACCACUCACACGGCCUUGAAUACUUCAUCCCUGCGUAUAAGAUAUUGACGUCGCAAUGGGUCACUUCCUUCGGCACUGAUCUUUCGCUGCCGACAGGUCUGGUCCUCUCUGCCAUCUACAUGUCUUGCCUCGCCCGACCACUACUUGCUUGGAAACUUGUGUACAUGGCGUCAAGCAAGCUGCAAAUGAUGAUGCCAAGUCGGAACCAGGGCAGCUUGGCCUUCUCAAAUGCAGAGAAUGAAACAGUCGGUCGCCUCUUCUGGGUCUGCUUCCUGCUAGAGUGUGAUUACUUGGCCGAACUACGCGUCCCGCCAAGCGGUAUUGAAAUCGACAUCGACCGCAUGCCAUACCCAAGGCUUAGUAGCCCAAAUGAAAGAGACGGACUGGCCCCUCUUCAACCAGCCAGCACGCCAAGCUAUACUGACAACGACAACCCGACCGGAUCGCCAUCGCUAUCAACAAUUUGCUCGCUCGAAAGAGUAUUGAAUGAGCUAACCCGCCAGCUCGAGGUAUGGUAUCACUCUUUACCUGACAUCAUCAAGCCAGACCUGAGCCACAACGUACCCACUGAUGCACAUGAGGCUUCGCUGCGGCUUCGGUACUGGUCAGCUAGACACAUCAUCUCCCGUCCAUGUCUUGUUUACAUCCUCUCCGUCAGUACGGCCGAUGAGGUUCCUACAUACGUCUACAAGUAUGCCGAGACGUGCAUUCAGAGCUGUCGUAACUACAUUGAGACCGCUUUACAGGUCUUGACCAAACGAACCCCAUACACUAGGAGGACGCUGACAUUCAUGCUCCCAACAGGUGUCUAG